CCGACUUCACCGCAUUGACCAGCUUGGUUCAUUCAACCAAUUCGAGGAUUCAGCAGCUUGCAGAAGAGGCAAAAUAUACUAGUUUGUUUCCACCCAGCGGCUCUGGUCGAAAGACGACUCAUUCAUUGCUUCUUCAGCCCAAUAUAGCGUGUCCUUAAUAUCAAGGGCGCAAGAAUGAUGACAGUCCAAGAGUUCAUCGCGGCGAUUGCUGACUCGCUGUUGCCCCGGCUGCCAGCGCUCCUCCAAGCAUACUGGGUCCUCGCAUCAUCAGCAGUGCUUCUUACACUUCUGCCACUGCCUAUCGUACCAAGCGCGUUUAAGGCUGCUGUGAAGCUUGCGGCCUCGCGAGGCAAGCUUUGGCAUGACCGGCCAGAUGCAAAGGCCCUGGGUUUCCUAAAGGACGUGUCCGUGCCGCAGCAGUACUUUGAGCACUUCUACCUGGUGGGCUCGCUGGUCACCACGGUGCUGCUGCAGGUCUACAUCUUCGUGUGCACGCCCGACACGGACGGCAGCACGCUCAAGCGCGACUCCCUGCUGGCCCUGUUCCUGUUCGAGCUGCACGUGCUGCGCCGCUACGGCGAGUCCAACUACGUCAUGCACUACCCCGAGACCGCCCGCAUGCACCUGCUGGCCUACCUGUUCGGGCUGUCGUACUACGUGGUGGCGCCGCUCACACUGCUGCCCGCCUUCGUCAUGGACGUGGGAGUGCUGCGGGGCGCCUGGGACCAGGCCCUGGGCGGGGGCAAGGACCUGGCUGGUGUGGACGAGCGGCUGUACGCGGCCGUCCUGGCGCCGCACCCGGGCAAGUACCGCCUGGCAGGGGCCCUGGCGCUGUACGUGUUCGCCUCCAUCCUGCAGUUCGUGUCGCACCUCAGCCUGGCGCGAAUGUCGCGGGAGGCCUCCCAGCGCGCCACCGAGUUCGCGGUGGUGGACGCGAUCAACAAGGGCAACCGCGCCGGCGUAGUGGGCGCCAUCCCCACUCCCGCAGGCGUUGUUGACGCGGACGGCAAGCCGCUCACAGCCAAGGUGGUGCACCUAUACGAAGUGCCGCGGGGCGGCGUGUUCAACCUGGUGAGCUGCCCGCACUACCUGGCUGAGAUCCUCAUCUACGCGGCACUGGCGCUGGUGACGAGCGGCAGCACCGGCAGCCUGCUAAUGGCGGGAUGGGUGUUCCUGAACCUGGUCCUGGCGGCUGCCGCCACGCAGCGCUUCUACCGCACCCGCUACCCCAAUGACUACCCCAAGAGCCGGGCGGCGCUCAUCCCCUUCAUCCUCUGAGGGGCCUGCGUGCGGCCGGCUGCACGGUACACGCCGACGACACCGAACUGGGUCGGCCGAACCAAUGCUCAGCACUUAAGCGGAGAGUGCGGAGGCCAUGUGGGACCUGACCGGACGUUUGGGUCCACACAGGACCUGGCGGUGUUGAUGUCUAUGACUGUGACACACGGACUGGGCAGCGCUGCUGCAGCCUUCUAGCGGGCCUGGGUUGGCCCAGACUGCCAGGCCCCAGCCGCCCAGCGGCCCAGGCCGUGUCGCGGCACGUAGGUCGCCGGCAGUGGCUGUAGGGCCGUAGCACUGGUGUAAGCAUAUUCAUGACCUUCGGGGCUUCGGGCAGCAGUGAUACGGUAGCUUUUGUGAUGUUGGAGGAUUAGAGCCAUGGGCGGCCUUGCCCUGCCUCAAAAGCGCUUGAGAUAUGGCGUGUGCAGUUUGUGUUUGGGCUGGGGAACAGCUGGCGCAAUUGCCUUGUGCUGAGGCCAGAGGUGGAAGUAGCCGGCGCUAAGGUGUAAACCCACGGUCAC